UUUACCAACAACUGAGACAACAAGAAGAAGAACAACAACAACAAGUACUCAAACUACAAGUGUUACUAUCCAAACAACCAGUAACUCUUCCUCAGUUACCCUCAGUUCCAGUAAAGUGUUUAUCAAAUCAACACUGAGCUCAUCAGUUUUUAAAUCAACCCCAUCAAAAGCUACAGUCCCAUUAACUGCAUUGACAACCCCUCCAUCAACACCAAUUGUAUCUACUGUCAAGACUACCAUUAAAACACCUAGUGGUCUUCCUGACCAAGAACAAACCAGCAGUCCACCAACCACCAAAACAACCCUCAAAACAAACAAGUGCCCAUCCAUCAAGGGAAAAAACAGCAGUCCACCAACCACCAAUACAACCCUCGAAACAGACAAGUGCCAAUCACCCAAGGGAAUAACCAGCAGCCCACCAACCACCAAAACUACCCUCAAAAUAAACAAGUGCCCGUCUGCCAAGGGAACAACCAGCAGCCCACCAACCACCAAAACAACCCUCAAAACAAACAAGUGCCCAUCCAGCAAGGGAACAACCAGCAGCCCACCAACCACCAAAACAACCCUCAAAAUAAACAAGUGCCCGUCUGCCAAGGGAACAACCAGCAGCCCACCAACCACCAAUACAACCCUCAAAGGAAACAACUGCCCAUCCGCCAAGGAGACAACCAACAGUCCACCAACCACCAAAACUACCCUCAAAACAAACAAGUGCCCGUCUGCCAAGGGGACAACCAGCAGCCCACCAACCACCAAUACAACCCUCAAAACAAACAAGUGCCCGUCCAUCAAGGGGAGGACCAGCAGCCCACCAACCACCAAUACAACCCUCAAAACAAACAAGUGCCCUUCCAUCAAGGGGACAACCAGCAGCCCACCAACCACCAAUACAACCCUCAAAACAAACAAGUGCCCUUCCACCAAGGGGAGGACCAGCAGCCCACCAACCACCAAUACAACCCUCAAAAGAAACAAGUGCCCAUCUGCCAAGGGGACAACCAGCAGCCCACCAACCACCAAUACAACCCUCAAAACAAACAAGUGCCCUUCCACCAAGGGGACAACCAGCAGCCCACCAACCACCAAUACAACCCUCAAAACAAACAAGUGCCCAUCUGCCAAGGGGACAACCAGCAGCCCACCAACCACCAAAACAACCCUGACUACAACCAGCAUUCUGUCAUCUUUAAAAAAAGAAGCAACAGUCCUUCCAACAAAUAAAACAACCCGAAACCCGUCCAGGAACUCUCGUUUCAGAAAUACUCAAUGCUGGACAGACUGGUUUGACCAGGACAAUCCCAGUGGAAAUGGAGACCAGGAGAUCCUGAGUUAUCUGCAAUAUAAAAACCCAGGGAAGAUCUGCAAUAAACCACUUCAGAUUGAGGUCCAAACUACAGCUGGACUUAGUGUUUCUGUGACAGGAGAUUUGAUUGAAGCAGAUGACACAGCCAAAGGAUUCAUCUGUAUGAACUCAGACCAGACACAGGGCCCCUGUCAGGACUACCGUGUUCGUUUCAUGUGCCCAGCCGACUUCUGCAGUGAGAAUGGAAAUCGUCCAACCCGUGAAACAACCACGAACCUGUCAACCAAAGCACCAGAAAACAACCAGCAGACAAACAGCUCUCACACAAAUACUGACUGCUGGACUGGCUGGUUUGAUCGAGACAAUCCCAGUGGAAUCGGAGACCUGGAGAUCCUGAGUGUUCUGCAGUAUGAAAACCCAGCAAAGAUCUGCAAUAAACCACUUCAGAUUGAGGUCCAAACUACAGCCGGACUCAGUGCUGCUGCGACAGGAGAUGUGAUUGAAGUAGCUGAUGUAAACACAGGAUUCAUCUGUAAAAACUCCGCCCAGGCUCAAGGCACGUGUCAAGAUUAUCGUGUUCGCUUCAUGUGCCCAUCUAACUUCUGCAGUCAACAAGUGUGUUGGACUAUUUGGUUUGACCGGGACAAUCCUAGUGGUUUCGGGGACCGGGAGCUCCUCCAAGACCUGAAAAAAGAGAAUCCAGGAGUCAUUUGUGACCGUCCUCUCUACAUCGACGUUGUUACGACCGACACAAACGCCACAGCCAUCUCCACCGGGCAGUCAUUCCACACCUACAGUCCAACUGAAGGAUUCAAAUGUCGCAACAAAGACCAGCACAGAGGCCGCUGCAGAGACUACAAAGUGCGCUUUGGAUGCCCAUGCCAAUAAUGUAAAACCUCGACUCAUGGGAAAACUGAAGAGGAACUCUCUCAACUUUUACUUUACAACAUAAUUUAAUCUUGACUAAUUAUUUCUAACAAGCCACAAAAUUUAUUGAAUCAAUGAAGUUAUGAUUAAUCGUGAGAAUGCAUCAAACAUUACAUUCAUUUAUUUUUGCAUAACCUUCAGAAUCAUCAGUUAUUCUCAUUAAAGGUUCAGAAUUUAAGAGUGAAAUAAUAAUCUGAAAACAGAUUGAGUU